UGUCGCGAUCGCUAAAAAUUAACGUGAUGGAAUUGCUUUGUCGCUAUUUUCGCGUGGCUCCGUUCUAAACAUUAUCAAACAGAACAUUAACAACAAAAUGUGAUAUUAUCGCGAAUUGUUUUGCGCACUCGAUUUGCACUUUUUGCAACGGUGUGUGUUGUAUGUGCUGUUAUUUUCCUAUAUUUUGACCCCCUCCUUCGUUCGAUUUGGCGACUUUGAUUUCAGUCCCCAAUCGUCAAUUGGAGCGCCGGGUUCUCUUCUUUUCCUUGGUACGUGGGUGUACGAGUGCAAGUGUGUGAGAGCGGGUUCAAUCAACUGCAGUUUGCCAAUCGAGCAUUGCACACUCCCCAGCCCUCUCGAAGAAACGCCACAUUUAUGCAAUUAAUGCAUAUUAAACUUGUAAAGUAAACGGAAUUUUUGUUUGGCAAAAACAACUACGUAACAUCUACGUUCUAGUGUGUGUGAGAGAAAGAGAGGGAGAGCAAGCACAGAGAGUGGGUGGCGCGAGAGUCAGAGAGAGAGAGUGAUAAGUGAGAGGAGCGCUUUUGUAACGGAACUCACAGAAGCCGUAGUUGAAUUCCAGUGACGUUGAAAGAAGCAACGGCAAGGCACAAAAACAAAGACAAUGUUUAUAAGCUAUAUAUUCCGCUUUGAUUGAUAUAAAUGAAUAUGCAGUGCGGUUAGUUAUACAACUGGGCUGCAAAAAGUCACUCAUUAAAAACGCCCGAGAUGAAAUUCACAGCGGCGGCAACAAGUGCAAUAAUAAAAAUAAAAAACCAAAAGCCAAACAAAAUCGCCCGAAUAAAGCGGAGAAACGUGUCGUAGUGCCAAAAAGAAAACAACAAAAGUAAAACUAAAAAACGGAGAAACGUUAAUUAUAACGAGCCACGGAAUCGCAUAAAGAAAUCAACAAGUGUGUGUCUGCCUUUUUUCCUAUUCGCUUUCAUUCAUGCGGUCAACUCGGCAAUAACAAAAACAACUACUGAUAAAAGCCCUGCAGUUAAGCAAACAACAACAACAACAACACCGAUAGUUAGGAACUGCGUCUGGCCAUUGAGCUUUAAUUGCCGGGCAUGACUUUAUGACUAUGUGACUGGAUCCUUUCGACCGUUCUGUAAAUAUAAACUCAACAUACCAUGAAGCAUCCGCAGGAUCUGAGUGUCACGGAUGGCCAGCAGCUAAUGAAGGUCAACAAGGUGGAGAAAAUGGAGCAGGAUCGUGCAACUCCUGAAUCGGAAAGCCAUAUAAUGCAUGCGGAUGCCCUGGCCGCUGGCUAUCCGGCUGCCUCGCAGCCCCACAGUCCGAUUGGCCACGCCCUAAGCCCCAAUGGCGUAGGACUAGGAUUGAGCAACAGCAGCAACCAGAGCAGCGAGAACUUUGCGCUCUGCAACGGCAACGGAAACGGGAAUGCGGGCAGCGCAGGAGGCGGAAGUGCGAGUAGUGGCAGCAAUAACAACAACAGCAUGUUUUCGCCCAACAACAACUUAAGUGGAAGCGGGGGCAGCAGCAGCCAGCAGCAAUUGCAACAGCAACACCAACAGCAGCAGCAACAAUCGCCGACGGUCUGCGCAAUUUGUGGAGAUCGCGCGACGGGGAAACACUAUGGGGCAUCGAGCUGUGAUGGCUGCAAGGGAUUCUUCAGAAGGAGUGUCAGGAAGAACCACCAGUACACCUGCAGAUUUUCACGCAACUGCGUGGUGGACAAGGACAAGAGGAACCAGUGUCGUUAUUGCAGGCUAAGGAAGUGCUUUAAGGCCGGCAUGAAGAAGGAGGCGGUGCAGAACGAGCGGGACCGCAUCAGCUGCCGGCGGACCUCUAACGACGACCCGGAUCCGGGAAACGGGCUGUCUGUGAUCUCACUGGUUAAGGCCGAGAAUGAGUCGCGCCAGUCGAAGGCGGGUGCUGCCAUGGAGCCAAACAUCAACGAGGACCUUUCCACGAAGCAAUUCGCCAGCAUCAACGAUGUCUGUGAGUCGAUGAAGCAGCAGCUGCUUACCCUGGUGGAGUGGGCCAAGCAGAUCCCGGCCUUCAACGAGCUCCAGCUGGACGACCAAGUGGCUCUGCUGAGAGCUCAUGCUGGAGAGCAUCUGCUCCUCGGUCUGUCGCGGCGAUCUAUGCACCUUAAAGAUGUCCUGCUGCUGAGCAACAAUUGCGUGAUCACCAGACAUUGCCCAGAUCCCCUUGUGUCACCCAAUUUGGACAUCUCGCGGAUUGGCGCCCGCAUCAUUGAUGAAUUGGUCACGGUCAUGAAGGAUGUGGGCAUCGAUGACACAGAAUUCGCCUGCAUCAAGGCAUUGGUCUUCUUUGACCCCAAUGCCAAGGGCUUGAAUGAACCGCAUCGCAUUAAGUCGCUGCGGCAUCAGAUACUCAAUAAUCUCGAGGACUACAUAUCAGAUCGGCAAUAUGAGUCUCGCGGUCGCUUUGGCGAGAUCCUGCUCAUCCUGCCGGUUCUGCAGUCCAUCACCUGGCAGAUGAUCGAGCAGAUUCAGUUUGCCAAGAUCUUUGGUGUGGCCCACAUUGAUUCCUUGCUUCAGGAAAUGUUGCUGGGAGGAGAGCUGGCUGACAAUCCUUUGCCGCUGUCGCCACCCAAUCAGUCGAAUGACUACCAGAGUCCCACGCACGCUGCCAACAUGGAGGGUGGCAGUCAGGUGAACUCCUCUCUGGACACUCUGGCCGCUUCCGGUGGCUCCAAUUCGCAUAGCCUUGAUCUAGAGGUGCAGCACAUUCAGGCACUGAUCGAGGCGAACAAUGCGGAUGAUACCUUCCGGGCCUACGCAGCUAGCUCGGCAGCAGCGGCUGCUGCAGCCGUUUCCUCCUCCUCCUCAGCGCCCGCAUCCGUUGCCCCGGCCGCGAUCUCGCCCCCGCUCAACAGCCCCAAGUCACAACAGCAACAGCACCAGCAACAUGCGACGCACCACCAGCAGCAGCAGCAACAGCAACAGCAGCAGCAGCAGGAGAACUCCUACAUGGACAUGCCUGUGAAGCACUACAAUGGCAGUCGGUCUGGAGCAAUGCCAUCGCAGCACAGUCCCCAGCGCAUGCAUCCCUACCAAAGAGCGGUCGCCUCGCCGGUCGAAGUGCCCAGCGGCGGUGGUGGCGGUCUGGGUCUGCGCAAUCCCGCCGACAUCACGCUCAACGAGUACAACCGGAGCGAGGGCAGUAGUGCCGAGGAGCUGCUGCGGCGGACUCCUCUCAAAAUCCGAGCUCCGGAGCUGCUUACCGCACCCGCUGGUUACGGAAUUGAUCCCAGUCGCAUGACGCUGAAACAGGAACCAGAAACUGGGUAUUAGACGGAAAACAAUCGGUGCAAUAUACAGUUUGCCACUAGGACACCUUUUAAGCACACACCCCAAACACACAAAUACAGGCCCUCUCUUGCUGUACUCCCCACCAAGUGCUAGACAGAGACGAAAUUGAAAUGAAGAACUUACUUAAUUGUUAUGCCUUGAACCAUUUUGAUACUUUUUAUUAGUCCCUAAGUAGGUAUCUUGGAAAUUGUUGCUUAAUUUUUAAUGUUUAACGCAGUUGCAAUCUAUUUUUGGAGUCAUAUUUUGCUCAAGAAGUUUAUUAUAUACAAUUAUACAUAUAUAUUAUAUACACCAUAUAGCAUGUACUGAGUUUGUUGGUUAUUUGGUUAUCUUCAAUUGUGCGUGGAUCACAAAGCAUUCAUAUAGGCCAUGCAAUAUAUUGUUUUAGGUUAGGGUGUUGUCUAGAUUAUGCGCUGAAAGUGUAAUAUAUAUUUUAUUUUAAACAAAGAACUAUUUUUAUAUGAGUAUGUAUAAUAUACAAAAUAUUUUUAAGAUGGCUGAAUGAAUAAACACAAAAUCAGAAUAAAAAUUGGAGAAUGUGAAUGUAAA